UAAACAAAACCCUUUGCAUUCUCCGAGGCAAAAACUUCACCAAUAAAAUAUUCUCAACUAGGACUAUUAUAAUCUUAACAAGAAACUCUUUUUUUAAAAAAAAAAAAAAGAAGAAAAAAAAAUUUUCACAUCAGAUUUUUGAUCUCUUCCACAAUUUUUUAAUUCAAGAAAAACCAAUAGAUCCAAGUACGUGUACACUAUUCCAACAUGGAAAAAAUGUACCAAAAAAGAAAAAAAAGAAAAUAAAAGCAGCUAUUAAAAACCCUCUCCCCACAACCCACCCACCCACCCCACUUUCCUUUUUCUUCCCGCUGUUUACUCUCUUUCUUCUCUUUUUCUCUCUCUCUCUUUCCAUAACAUAUCCGUUUCUUACAAUUUCUUUGACUCCACUUCUUACAAUUUUCAUAAAAAUUCUAUCUUUUUUCUCUAUGAAUUUUCAUUUUCAUACCAUAUAGCAAAGCAAUUUUGAAAAUUGGGCAAUAUGAAGAGGAAACCCUAGCUGAAAAAACCCUAAUUUGCUUCAACCCAUUUCUUGUUUUCUUGCAAAGACUCAAUUUUUAUCUUGUGGGGUUGUUAGAAAUUGCUGAUAACAUGGAAAAUACGGUACCUAGAACUGUUGAAGAAGUAUUCAGCGAUUUCAAAGGUCGUAGAACUGGUCUAAUCAAAGCACUUACUGCAGAUGUUGAAAAGUUUUAUCAGCAGUGUGAUCCUGAAAAGGAGAACUUGUGUCUCUAUGGGCUUCCUAAUGAAACAUGGGAAGUAAACCUCCCGGUGGAGGAGGUGCCUCCGGAACUUCCAGAGCCAGCAUUGGGCAUAAAUUUUGCACGUGAUGGAAUGCAAGAAAAAGACUGGUUAUCACUUGUUGCUGUUCACAGUGAUUCGUGGCUGCUUUCUGUUGCAUUCUACUUUGGUGCACGGUUUGGGUUCGGCAAGAGUGACAGGAAGAGGCUUUUCCAAAUGAUAAAUGAUCUUCCAACAGUGUUUGAGGUUGUUACUGGAGUUGCUAAGCAGGCACGUGAUGCCGCUCACAACAAUAGCAGCAAAAGCAAAUCAAGUGGAAAGUCUAGACAGCCAGAGUCCCAACCCAAGGCAGCAAAGGUGUCUCCACCUAAAAUGGAGAACGAAAGUGGGGAGGAGGAAGAAGAAGAAGAAGAAGAAGACGAGCAAGGAGCAACUCUGUGUGGAGCUUGUGGUGAUAAUUAUGCCACUGAUGAAUUCUGGAUUUGCUGUGAUAUUUGCGAGAGAUGGUUCCAUGGCAAAUGCGUGAAGAUCACUCCAGCAAAAGCUGAGCAUAUCAAGCAGUACAAGUGUCCUAGUUGCAGUAGCAAGAGAGCUAAAGUUUAAACUCUUGUGGUAACUUUAAGAGCAACAUCAGUUAAGUGGUGAUGUUGGGAAGGUCUAGGACUUUUAGCUCAGUUAUCAAAUGCCAUCUAUGUCAAAGUUAAAUGUUUGCUGAUGAUAUGUCCAUUUCAUGAACAUUUGCUUUCUGUAAUCUUGGUUUUUGAUUGUGUUUUAGAUAAAAACUUGUGCCUGUCA